GUGUACGUAUGUUUUAUGUUGUAUGUGCGUGUGCUUGUUUGUCGCAUAUUUUGUUGCGCUCGGAUUUCAGUGGAUUUCAGUCUUCGAUUCGAUCUAGCAAGAAGAACACGUUCAAUUUCCAACACUUCCACUUAUCGACUUUUUUUUAAAUUAAUUUAUUUUUAUAUCUCCUCUUGCAUUCAUUACUAAUAUGACAAUUUAAGUGAAUCGACUUACUAAAAACUGAAACGAGAGACUCGACGACUUCUGAGAAUGCGGUCUUCUAUGAUUCCACCGUGGAGGUUCUUCUUGAUGGUGUCAAUGUUCCUGGUGCCUUUGGUCUCUUCUCAAUUGAAUAUCAUCGAUGAAGAUGUUAGCGGACCUUGCGCCGAUUACAAAGUGGGCGAUGACGAUCUUCAGACCUACGAUUACAUCAGGCAGUUUCGUCUAGAUGUGAUGGAAACUCAGUAUCCAGGUGUGAGCAAAGUUCGUGGUUCGAACAGAAUGCAGACCGCAUAUCGCCUGGAUCGUGAAGCAGAUUUGACUCUUCCCACAAGGACCAUAUUCCCACAAGGAUUACCGGAGCAGUUCUCCUUCAUAACGACUUUCCGAAACAAGAGGAUUCCAACUGCUAUUUGGCAUUUGAUCCGUGUUACAGACAUCGAAUCCAAACCACAAUUCGUCGUCGCUAUGAACCCAAGAAAUCAGACGAUCGAAUUUUCAAUUUCCAACUACGAGGGACGCUUGCAAACUCUGAUCUUCAAGGAAGCCAACGUGUUUGAUAAGAAAUGGCACAAAAUACACUUCGGAGUUUCCAGAGAGUAUGUCGUGCUUUACAUUGAUUGCGAGCGAAACUCGAAGGAGCUUCUCGAACCAAGAGGACCGAUCGAUGUUAACGGUGAAAUUUCCAUAUCAAAAUACGAAUAUAGCAAUCAGACGAAUCCAAGCAACCACGGGAUCGAUUUGCAAUGGAUGGUGAUGAGUUGUGAUCCAACGAAACCGGAAAGGGAAACAUGCAAUGAACUUCCAUUAGUUCCGGCGUUUCAGAGGAGCGGACCAAGUUUAAGUAAAUCACCAAAUUGUUCAUUGACUUGCCCGAGGGGACCAUCAGGAAUUAAUGGAACAAAAGGUUUGCCGGGUUUAAAUGGUCUUCCCGGAAGUCCAGGAUUUCCUGGCUUGAAAGGUGAAAGAGGCGACCCAGGAUUCAUUGGUCUAAAAGGCGAAAGAGGACUUGAUGGAAUUCCGGGCCAGCCUGGUAUUCAGGGGAUUCGCGGCCUACCAGGAAAAGACGGUCUCUUUGGUUUAACAGGAGAAAAGGGACUUAAGGGUGAACCAGGACUGGGACUAACGGGUAUUAAGGGCGAAAAGGGAGAUUCUGGUUUUCCAGGAUUGAAGGGAGAACCGGGUUUUGUUAACAUAAUUGGUUCUGGAGAAACAGUGGCCGGUCCUAUCGGACCUCCUGGCUUAAUAGGUGCUCCGGGAGUGCCAGGUUUACCUGGUGAAAGUGGUCUUCCUGGUAAACCAGGUAAUGAUGGUGUUGAUGGACUGAAAGGAAAUCCAGGUAAUGAUGGCUAUCCCGGAAUCAAAGGUGAUAAAGGCGAACCAGGAAGCGCAACGAUUGACGCCACGGUGAAGGGCGAAAAGGGAAAUCCUGGCAUUUCCGGAUUGCAGGGAAUUCAAGGCAUUGUUGGACCUAAGGGAAGUAAAGGAGAUAUGGGAUUUCCGGGAGUUUCGGGUAUCGACGGAAGACCGGGACAAAUUGGACCACAAGGAUUUACUGGACCUCGAGGCCUUCCAGGACCACCGGGCCCCCCAGGAGAUGCUGCAUACAAUAAUAUUAUUCAGUCGAUACCGGAUAAUUACAUUCCAGGAGUGGCGGGUCCAAGAGGAUUGCCUGGCAAUCCAGGAAUGCCGGGCGAAAGGGGUGCCGCGGGAGAAAGAGGUCCGAUCGGACCUAUGGGACAACCGGGAAUGCCAGGAAAGGAGGGAAUGCCAGGAAACCCUGGUUCUCCAGGAAAGCACGGCCAACCGGGAUUGCCCGGACAUCCAGGUCCAGCAGGUCGCAACAUUUUGGAUUCGGAGAUUCGAGAAAUCUGCGCUGCAGUACUCAGAGACCAGAUUAAUGAGUUAGCAGCGACGUUAGUAGGACCACCAGGUCCUCCGGGGCGCUCCAAACCCGGAAGACCUGGGGCUCCAGGAGUCCAAGGCCCUCCAGACCAGUAUGAAGAACUAACACAGGGGCUUCAGGGGCCUCCUGGACCACCUGGCUUAAAAGUUAUUGGCAAACCAGGAAAAGCUGGAACCCCUGGAAUUCCAGGUGUACCUGGAGCUCACGGUUUACCAGGUGAAAGAGGAUUUAUCGGAUUGCCAGGACCGAGUGGUUCUCCAGGUUUUACAGGAUCACCUGGUGAGCGCGGCGACAAAGGUGAGAGAGGCCCAGAAGGAAUAGGAAUUGAAGGACCGGUGGGACCUAGAGGCCCGCAGGGAAUGCCAGGACCUCAAGGUGAAGGAACACCGGGACGCGCAGGAGAACGUGGAGAACCUGGAAGGCCGGGUCCUGCAGGAAUUAACGGGUCUCCUGGACCUCAAGGGGCACCUGGAUAUUGCGAAUUUUGUAAUAAUUACGCGCAGAAUUACCAAGCAUAUGCUCUUCGAGCUCAAGGGAACAACAAAGGACCCUAAAUUUAAUACUGCCGAUAUUUGAAAUACGUAUUUUAUUUUAAUAAUUAUUAAUUAUGACAGAAAUUGUUUUCCAGCAAUAAAUUCAUUGUGUAAUCUA